GGGGCCGACCCGCAGUACUCCUGCGGCGUUUCGCGUUGCCGCGAGAGGUCACCCGGAGGGGAGGAGUUCGCUCAGGUGACCCCCCCAACGUUUUGGACCGCGCUCCUCCGUGACUCCGAUGCCCCAGCGGUGGGUGCCGGCCUCCGGUAGCCUAGGCUAGGCGUCGUGGGCAGAGGGGCGGGCGGGGCGGCUCGGCCUGGGCGGGGUUGGGGCCUCGAAGGCCCCUCCCCAGAGCUGGCCUGAGGGGCGCCCUCCAGAGGGUGCCCAGGACGGCCGAGCCGAACCCGCCCCGGAGCUUGCCUGCAGGGCUGCGAGGCGAAGCUGCCUUAGGCGACGGGGGAGGUGUGCGGUCCCAGCCAUGCCAAGCCUCAGAGCUCGCUCUGAAGAGGCAGAAAUGGAGCCCUCAGUUCCUGGACCAUCUCCUUGGAUCCCUGCAGCCCAGCCGUGUGUGAGUGAUGCUCCUGCCAUGACCCACCGUGGAUCUACACUCCGUGAUCCCCAGUCCUGUGGCUACACUGAGCCAGGAACCACCCCCUCUCACCAUCAGCAGCCAGAUUGGGACAGCAGGACUAAGGACAAGGAGUUUCUUCAGAAGAGAGAAGUUUCUGAGGAUUUGGAAUCACAGGCAGAAGUAUCAGAAAACUACACCAGUGAUUUUUCCCAGGCUUCUGAGCUUGGAGAACUCUGUGAUGAUGUACUGGAGAGAGACUGGGGAGCCCCUGACAGUGAGAGACAGGUGCAGUCCAACUACCAGGAGCGGGGCUUCACACCAGUGGCAGUGCUUCUUAGCAGCACCUUAGAGAAAGAGCUGGGCUGUGAUGACUUUGUGAGAAACUUCAGUCUGAGCCCAAACCCAAUGGAAUCUCAGGGAAUUCCUACAGAAGAGAGGCUACAUAUGUAUGACCUGUGUGACCACAGCUUCCAACACAGUGCAGAGUUAACUAGCCAUGAAGGGCUUCACAUAGCUGAAAGCCCACUCAUAUGUAAUGAUUGUGGGAAAACCUUCAGAGGAAACCCUGAUCUUAUUCAGCAUCAGAUAACCCAUACUGGACAUACUGGACAAAAGUCCUUCGUAUGCAAUGAAUGUGGGAAAUCUUUCAGUCAAAACUCAUUUCUUAAAAGUCAUCAGAGGUCUCAUGUGAGUGAAAAACCUUACCAGUGCAGCGAGUGCAGGAAAACCUUCAGUGUGCAUUCAAACCUCAUUAGGCAUCAGAUUAACCACAGCAGUGAGAAGUCUUAUGUAUGCAAUGAAUGUGGAAAAGCCUUCAGCCAGAACUCAAGCCUUAAAAAGCACCAGAAGUCUCACAUGAGUGAGAAGCCCUAUGAAUGCAGUGAAUGUGGGAAGGCGUUUAGGCGAAGCUCAAAUCUCAUCCAACAUCAAAGAAUUCAUUCUGGAGAGAAGCCGUAUGUGUGCAACGAAUGUGGGAAGGCCUUUAGGCGGAGCUCAAAUCUUAUUAAACACCACAGGAUUCAUACAGGUGAGAAACCUUUCCAGUGUAAUGAGUGUGGGAAAGCAUUCAGCCAGAGCUCACACCUGAGGAAGCAUCAGAGGGUUCACACUGGAGAGAGACCUUAUGAGUGCAAUGAGUGUGGCAAACCAUUCAGCCGGGUCUCUAACCUCAUUAAGCAUCACAGGGUUCACACUGGAGAGAAACCCUAUAAGUGCAGUGACUGCGGGAAGGCCUUCAGUCAGAGUUCAAGCCUCAUUCAGCAUCGAAGAAUUCACACUGGAGAAAAACCUCAUGUUUGUAAUGUGUGUGGAAAAGCCUUUAGUUACAGCUCAGUGCUCAGAAAGCACCAAAUAAUCCACACAGGAGAGAAGCCAUAUGAAUGUAGUAUCUGUGGGAAGGCCUUCAGCCACAGCUCAGCCCUCAUUCAGCAUCAGGGUGUGCACACAGGUGACAAGCCCUAUGAAUGUCGAGAAUGUGGGAAAACAUUUGGUCGGAGCUCCAACCUUAUCCUUCACCAGCGUGUUCACACUGGGGAGAAACCCUAUGAAUGUACAGAAUGUGGGAAAACCUUCAGCCAGAGUUCAACUCUCAUUCAGCAUCAGAGAAUCCAUAAUGGAUUGAAACCGCAUGAAUGUAACCAGUGUGGUAAAGCCUUCAACCGAAGCUCAAACCUUAUUCACCACCAGAAAGUUCACACUGGAGAGAAGCCAUACACAUGUGUUGAAUGUGGUAAGGGUUUCAGCCAGAGUUCACACCUCAUUCAACAUCAGAUAAUUCACACUGGUGAAAGGCCAUAUAAAUGCAGUGAGUGUGGGAAAGCCUUCAGUCAACGUUCGGUCCUCAUCCAGCACCAGAGGAUCCACACUGGUGUGAAGCCUUAUGACUGCUCUGCUUGUGGGAAAGCCUUCAGCCAGAGGUCCAAGCUGGUCAAACACCAGCUGAUCCAUGCUAGGGAGUGAAACAGCUCCAUUCCCGACUCCUCUGACCAUGUCAGACUCUCACCCACUUCCCAGACUUGAAGCCAGGCUCACUUGCCGUCCUGUAACCCUAUAUCCUACUGUCCACAAAGCCCCUCCCUCUGUCCCUUAUCAUCAUCCUUGCCUCGGUGACCUCUCAUUUCUUGUUCGCUUUGUGUAUAUAUUUUGGUAUCAGACUGCCACAUUUAUUAGGAGGAAAAAGAUGAUAGAAGCUACAUAUUCAUGAAUAGAGUUUAUUGCUGUAACCAAACAGAACCAAAAAAGUAAGCUGACAUAUGGUUUGAAAUAACAACAGUAAUUCUUGUAUUUGGUAAUUAGACAAAAAGAGUGAGUUCUUUGUCUAUGGCUAUAAUUGAUAUUCUGUUUACAUAAAUCAGGUCAAGAGUU